AUGGUCCACCCCUCAACUGUUCACUUUAACCCGCAACGUACAGCCUUGACCUGGAUUACUGAUCCCUUGUUCUCACCGUCGGCAGCUGCAUCUCUUGAGGGAAUUGAUGAAGCCAUGGCUCAUCUCGUAAACCUGCCUACGGAGCUGGCUCUAGAGUAUAUGAGCUACCUGGACAGCCCAGACCUAUUCGAACUCGCGCAAACGACCAGAAAGCUGCGAUAUGCUGCUUUGGAGGCAGCUUACUCACAUAUAAAGAUUUCACAGUGUCAAGGACCGGACUUCAAGCAUAAUCGAAGCCAUCGUCGUGUGGUCAAGCUUACGACGACUCUGCUCCAGAACCCUGACGUCGCCAAGAAGGUCACCAGUUUGGAUCUUGACUUGAUGCCAUAUAACUACAUCGAAAAGUUCGAGCCUCUCAUGUCAGACAAUGAACGGGGCCGAACCACAGAAGAAAAGCGACUGUAUGAUCUGGUUGUUAAGACUGUAUCGAGGUAUACGAAACACAGAGAUUGGAUCUGGCAGGGCAACAUUGUUGGAUGGACAUACCUCUUUUUUAUAAUCACGCCGAGCCUUGAGACUCUCCGUCUGGGCAACGGUUACGGUGUCUUCGUGGACGAGUGGCGGAGAUGGAUCUACGACUUCCGCGACACCAAUGCGAUCGUAAAUCAAAGUCGUGACCAAAGUCGUGCAAGGCAGGGGCUGUGGCAAGUACAACAUUGGGAUGGAAUCCGCGGAAUACAUAAACACUGGGACCGCAGUCAUAAGUGGACGGGAGAUCUACGUGAAGAGAGCCAACAAGAUCAUAUGCUAGCGGCAUUACCUGGACUCCGUUCCGCAACGCACGUAUAUCUAGCCGAUGACUUGCGACCCUCAUGGGAGUGGAUGACUCUACCUGGGUUGCAAACCUACAAGCACUCGGACAUACUGAAGAAUCACAAGGGUGCCCGCGAUCAGGUGUCUACUAUUCAGGCUCUCUGGCCCGAGGAUCAAACAUCUCAGACCCAGGAGCUUCGAACGAACAUGUCGAUUUACACGGCGGAAGACAUCAACGGCCGACGCCUCUACGACCCGCCGCUCUCGCACUUUCCGUACCUAAAGGCUAUGUAUAUCAGUCUGAUCACCAAAGAAAAGAGACGACGUUCACAGGGCUGCAUCGUUGUACCCGUGGCAAGCUACAUGCGAGAACUCAGGUUCCCGUUCAUGAGACUUCUGCCACUUGCACAUACGCUUGAAGCACUUGAGAUGCGCAUCGUGGAAGGGCAACAUAUGAAAAAGGGCGGUCUGCCAUUGUUCGUGUCCCCGAUUACGCAGCUGCAGCAUUUCACACGCUUGAAGGAACUCGGCGUCCCGGCGUAUGUUCUGACGGCGCAAUGGUGGCAGCGCAAUGAUGGAAACCCUAUCACGCAGAAUAUCUUGCCAGUCGAGAUGUUGCCACCGGGCUUGGAGGUUCUUACCAUCUUUCUGAACGGCGAGGGCCUACCGGAUAGGGACGAAGCUAGGAAGUAUGGAAAUAUGCCUUAUUGUGAGGCUGUGGCGAAGGUCAUGAGGGAUGUCUUGCGUUGGAGAGAACAUGUGCUUGAUUUGAGGUGCAUCCGCAUCGACUAUACGGAGUUUGAAAGUGGGCCGAGUGCGCUUCUGCCGCUGGGGGAGCUAGAAGAGGCUGGGAUACAGGUGGAGGCUCUAUAA